UCUGUAGUUCAAUCUGUGGAUCAGUCUGUAGUUCAGUGUCAGGCUUACCAGGUUUGCCCUAUCUUCCGUGAGUGGGACUCGAACCUGCGACCAGUAUUUCUCCUUACAUCUUACAUUUCUGCUUCUUCGCGUAAAACAUGAUGAAGUGAUUUCACUCCUGAGACUUUGAUCCUCCGGUGGCUGCUGGGAAAUAAAGCCCCUCUCUGUGCUCGGUCUCGGUUCUUUAAAGAAAAACAACGUCUCUGUCUUCUGGGGAAAUGUCAUCGGAACCGGAGCAGACAGAGGCCGGGCUCCUGCAGCCGCAGACCGUAUUUGUGAUCCUGGAUUCGGCUGAAACAAUCAACCUGGUCCGGGUGGAGUCUGGUAUCGUCGCCGACAUCGAGGUUGACAGUUUGCUGCCGUCAGACUGCGACACCUUCUACCAGAUCAAGAGUCAGCCAAUCAGCUUCAGUAUAUCAUCAGCCGCUUCCUCACCGACUGCAUCCUCACUGCCAUCAGCCAUGACAUCCAGGGUGCUGAUGCGUCAGGAUCUGAUGCGUCAGCAGGCUCUGGAGGAGGAGCAGAAGGAGGCUCAGCAUCAGCUCCUCCGAUCAGCUGACACGUCCUCCCCCAUCUCUGUCUCUCUGUCCUCCUCCUCUGGACCUCCUGCUCAGGUCCCUGUGGAAGUGCUCAAGGUUCAGACUCACCUGGAGAACCCCACCAGGUACCACAUCCAGCAGGCUCAGAGGCAGCAGGUGCGUCAGUACCUAUCCACCGCCAAGACAGCCAAUCAGGAGCCAGCUGGACUUCCACCAAGCCCCUCCCCCCAAAAACUGCAUCCUUCAAACAAAAAUGAGAUGGACGCGACGGUCAUCGAUGACAUCAUCAGCCUGGAAUCGAGUCUGAACGAAGAGUUUCUGACGAUGAUGGACUCGGGUCUGCAGAUCGCCGCCACGCUGCCGGUGCCGGGGAACAUGCUGGACUUGUACGGAGGAGGCUUGGCCGCGCCCGCCAUCACCGUUAGCAACAGCUGCCCGGCCGACCUGCACGGCGUCAAGAGGGAGGUUAACGAGGUGGAGACCAAAGCUUUCAUCAAAGAGAGACAAAAGAAAGACAACCACAACCUCAUCGAGAGGAGGAGGAGGUUCAACAUCAACGAUCGGAUCAAAGAACUCGGAGGUCUCAUCCCAAAAUCCAACGACCCGGAGUCGAGGUGGAACAAAGGCACCAUCCUGAAGGCGUCGGUGGAUUACAUCCGGAAACUGCAGAAGGAGCAGCACCGAGCCCGAGAGAUGGAGGAGAGACAGAGGAGGCUGGAGAACACCAACCACUCACUGCUGCUGCGCAUACAGGAGUUGGAGCUCCAGGCUCGUCUCCACAGCCUCCCCCCCUCCUCCUCCUCCUCUUCCUCUCUGGACCCUCAGACCCUGCUGUCCCCCACGCUGCCUCAGCCCUUCUCCCCCUCCUCCUCCUCCUCCCUGGUGACUCCGUCCCUCGGUCUGGACGCCCUCAGCUUCGUGGACCUGGAUGAUCCUGAGGGAGCCUCCGGCGUCUUCUCCCCGGACCUGAUGUCCGACGUGGGGCUGUCGGAGCUCCACGGCCUCCUGAUGGAGGAGGGGGGUGGAGGGGUGAUGUCCGACCCCCUGCUGUCCUGCGGAGCGUCGAAGAGCAGCAGCAGGAGGAGCAGCUUCAGCAUGGAGGAGGACCUCUGAUGACAUCACCACUCACGCUGUGACGCCAUUGCCCAAAAAAAACCACUGAAUCUUAACCCGUGACAUCAUCGAAACACAAGGUGAUGUCACCACGGCAACCACUGUGAGUCUACAGUGUUCCCAUGGUAACCACUGUCUUGUCCUAUUAAACGAGAGACUGAGCAGACUGGAAGCAGAUUGGCUGAUAACAAACAAACUCAAAGCUGAUUGGCUGACAGGCUCCAGGGUUCUAAAGGUGGGGAAAAAAACUCUGAAGUUCAGAUUUUAAAAAAGGCAGGACACCAAAAUCUUUGCUUAUGUUUUAGUUCAUGAGUUUUAAAGGUGCUACAUACGGCAUUCAGAGCAUAACUGUGGAAGCAAACAGCUGUUGUGCAAACAUAUGGCGGCGUAACGUCGGCCUGAGCAGAGAACGAGGUCUCUGUGUGUGCGUUAUAGUCCGAGCUUCAUGCACGCGAGCCUGUUGGCCCUCCUCACUCACAUAGUGUCUAAGGGCCGGGAAACAUGGCGCGGUUUAUGCAGCGAUGAGAGAAAACCAGUCACAGCCGUGCAAAUCGUUUUCCUUUCUACUGUAAAUCAGUCUACGGUAAAUACAGAGGAUGAGGAGAUCAUUUUAGACACACCUGGCUUUAGAAGAAGAAGGAACCCUUAAUCGUCCCACAGAGGGGAGGUCUACAUUCUGCAUUUGACCCAUCCUAGUGUUGGGAGCAGUGUGCUGCCAUAUUCACCACCGCACUGCGACUUCACAGUCUGUCCACAAAAACGCCUUGAAGAAGAUUUCAUUCUGAAGUUUCUGGUUACCUUCUAGAAAGUAUAGGCCAUUAGUCUAUGGAUUACAGUUACACGUUACAUGGAUUUAGGUCGCUCUGCAGAUUGAAGGAAAAGCUUUUGUUACAUUACUGCAAUAAUGUACAUCUAUAUACCAAACCACGAAUAGCCUUGAUAUUGUUUUAGGGUAACGAGUGCUUUUAAUGACGUAUAAAGCGCCUUUAAAUCUCUGAAAUUCAGAUUUAAAAAUACAGAAAAGCAGAACGUUUGGUCGUGAUUUGAUUUCAGGAGGUUUACACUGAACAGCUGCAUAUAUAACCUAUGAUAAAAUAAAUAGAAAUUAUGAGAUUCUAACGAAAAAUUCAGAAUAAUUCAAGAUAAAAAAGUAUUUUUUCAUUCUUUUUUUGACCUUUCCUGAAAGAUAUUUCUCAAAACGGCUCGUAGAAAACUGUUCUGUUUCUGUCAAAGGUUUUUAUAUUCGUGACUCAUUCCUUUUUAUGUCUUAACAUUGUGUAUUUUCUAUUUUGCAAACGGCAUUAACUCGCUCUUCCGGCCCAAAAUAUGGAGUUUCUUCCAAAAAGUAUUUUUCCUGUAAAUAUGAAUUUGUACAUAAACACAUGAAUCUAUAAUCACUGUGCUGGAAACACCGAGGAGACCCUGAUCUGUCUCUGUGUGCGUGCUUUCUGUUGGAGAUUCAGAGGAAACAGAAGGGAAAUGAAAGGACUAUGACGCCAUUUCUUUAAAACAAAGAGUUCCCAUCCCUCCUGAUAUUUUUCCACUUCUUCAUUUGUUUUUUAAUUGAUUUCCUUCCUUCCAAGUUUCAGAGAGAUCGUUAUUAUGCAAACUUUAUUCCUUUUAAUUAUCUUACAUUAUGGCACUAUGGCAUUAUUCAUCGCACUGCACAGAGGAUAAAAUAAUAAACAAAUAGAAAAAAUAACUAUUGUACAUCUGGCUCCGCUGUUCCAGUUUGGCCGCCAGAUUUCAGUCAUUUUAAUUUAAGACAAAUAUAAAACCAUCAUGGCUGUCAGUCGUCAGAUUCAUCCAAAAAGGGAUUUCUGUGUUUUUUUAUUGAUGUUGUUUUUCUCAUCUAUGACAUUUAGUUGUUAUUCGUCGCCUGCAGUCUCAGUGUUUCAUUAAGCGUCAUGUUUUUUUUAGAGAUUCCAUUUUUUUAUAUAUAAAUAAAGUCAUUUAAGAAAAAUG